UGUCUAUUAUAGUCUAAUAAUUUAAAAAAAGGGGCCUGGUCCCGCCCCCUAAUUGGUAAUGUCAUACUGAUGUACAGCUCCACAGAAAAUGUAUGAAAUCCAAGAUGUCAAUAGUGUGGAUUCAAAACUUAAACUUCACUUUAAUUGCUGCAUACUUUGCAUACAUACAUGAACUUUGACCUCUGCAUUCAACCCAUCCUAAGCAUUUUAGGAGCGGGGCUUGUUGUCUCACUCAAUGACACUUUGACAUGCAAACAAGAGGAGCGGGGGAUCGAAGGAUGAUCCACUCUAACCCCUGAUCUGCAGCCACCACAAUAUACGAAGUGCAACUCUAAUGUGACUUGAAUUGUCUCGAACCACAAAUCACUCUUUUCAAGAGUUGAGUUGGUUGACAAUUGUUAAAGUUGAGUAUUGUUUUGUUUUGACUGACUGAAUAUUCUUCAGAGAUGCUCAUUUCAACUGUUUUCACAAGCUGAGGAGCCACCUCAACUCGUGAAAACAGUUGUUAUAUGUCUUCUGUGGCUCCGGAUGGAGCAUUCUUAAGAAAGCUUGUUUUAUUUUGGCUCGGUCAUGAAGAUAGCAAUUUUCUUAGAAAGUUUGUGUUACAGAAUGGGGAAAUGGGGUUUGAAAGACGUGGGUCUUUGCCAGACAGGGAGGGUCCAACUAUGCUGUUGUUUGCCAUACUAGAGACUAAAAGUCAGGAUGUCUCAGCUUCUACUUCUUUAAUUUAUGUUUUUAUCCUUUAAUUUAUGUUUUUAUCCAUCUCUUGGGAAACAAAUUGCUGAAGUAAGCCUCUAAGAAAGUACAAGAUAGGCCCCAAAAGUUACAGUGCACCAUACGAGAACCAGCACAGGAAAACAAUUCUUUUCAGAGACCCAAAAAAUUCAGCACUGGAUUAGAGGCAAAAACACAGCAGUAGGACACAUACAUGCUGCCAACAUACAGUAUAAUGAGUGAAACAGUUUAACUGUUCUGUGGAAUCCCUAAAUUACAGGAACAGAUCUGGUCAAGAAAGGAACCACUGGGUGGCAGCACCUGUUCAUGGCAUUGUAUUAAAAUUGUAUUUAUCAGUCAUUGCACAUGGAGAUACAGUACUGAACCAAAUGUUUUAAUUUUUUACCCUUAAAUAGAGAAAAGGUUGUAUGCCAGACGUUUCAGUAGGAUUUUAAAACUUCUGAAGUUAAUACUUUAAUUAUAAUGUGGAUAUUGGAGUCUGUGAAGCCCAGUACUUAAUAACUUUUAUUGAAAGUUUUUAUUUUAUUUUUAAAUCCCAUAUAAGAGAAUAGCAGUAGUAACCUCCCUUUGAAACCAUAUGGACUUAAUUUCCCGGCGAUAUCUGCGUAGUAUCCUCCUUUAAUCUCCAGCUGUUAUCUCUUUUCUUGUACAUUAAGCUUACAGCGGUGAUGAUAAUGGAAUUGGUGAUGAAGAGGUUUGUGUGGGUGAGAGAUAAAGAGUUAAACGUGUCCGGCCUCUGCAGGCUGUGAUUGGCCCGCAGCUGCAGCGCUGGGACGGACAACAAGCCUCCGCUGCUGCGCGCACUGGAAAAGUCACUUGGUGGACGAAGCAGACUCGCGCAGGGAGGAGACUGCCCUUACUUUUUUGAAAAAUAAAAUUAGCAUAUGAAACUUCUGUUGUAAUUUAUGGAAGCAUCCGGUUUUAUUCCGCUUUUGAUUCCGUUAUUUUAUCUCGGAUACAAGCGCGUGCUGGUCUGUUAGAGGUCGGUGAAAAGUCGACCACUGUCACUUUUGAUUCAUGGGCUCAACACUGCAGCUGAAAACAUCUCUGUCAAGAGGCUGACACGGGGUUGACUUCAUUCAUUGAAUAUCCAGGUAUGUUAUCGACACAUUUAUACGGGCCCUUCCUCCUUUUUUUUUUUCAAAAUGUUCCUAUGUAUUUUUAUGCUUACAAGUGAGGAGCAUCAGUGAUUUUUUUACUAUGAGCAAAGAUAUACCAGCUAAAACAGACGUUAUCAUGAACAGUUUGCCAUUUGAGACCUCAAGUAGCUUGGUUAUUUGAAUAUUUAGUCGACAUAUAAAGGGAAUAUUACAUUAACCAGGACUUCUUAAACUGUGCCAGGGCCAGUAUGUGGACCCUACACAUGUGGAAUGUAUAUAGAUUUAUUUAAAAAAUAUAUAUUUAUAUUAAAAUUAGUUCAUUUGGGGUUCAUUAUAGACCCUAAAGUGUACCUGCACUCUAGUUUGGAAACCACUAAGGUCAACUCCAUACAAGACUUUGUCCAGCAAGAUAAAAAGGUCUUUUAGUGACAUGAAGACUGAUAUGAUAUAGAUGGUACAAUCACUGAUAUUGCCUUUGUCUAUUGUAAUGUUAUAUUUCAUUUAAGAAAGUAUUCUUUUAAUCAGUUGGCUUGAACAGCAACUAUUUUUCUCUCAAUCCUCAGAUAGCCACAUGGAGGAUAAUAUGCAUGUACCAUGUGUCAGUGAUCAUGUGUUUCUCAGAUUUAGGGGACAUGAAGUUGUCUUCGGACAGUAUGGGCGUCCUGAAGAUCAUGCUGUUCCUGUUUGAGGCUGUUUUACUGACCGACUGUGCAAGAGGACCUCCAAGGGUGUCGGAGAAGAUUGCUCACAGACAGAUGGCCCGGCUCGGGAGCGCCAUUAAGCUGACGUGUCCAGUGGAGGGAGACCCUCCGCCCCUCAUAAUGUGGACCAAAGACGGGCGCAACAUCCACAGCGGCUGGAUCCGUUUCCGUAUCCUCCGCAUGGGCCUGAAGAUCAAGGAGGUGGAGGCAGAUGACACGGGGACCUACAUCUGCAAAGCCACCAAUGGCUUUGGUAGCGUUAACAUCAACUAUACUCUCAUCGUCAUCAAUGACUCGGGUUCUGAUAAAACUGGAUCCGUGGCGGCUGAUGGAGCAGAGUCUGACCUGGGCACUGAUGGCUUGUCAGAUAAACUUGUGCGUCCACGCUUCACCCAGCCCGCUAAGAUGAGAAAGCGGGUUAUAGCUCGUCCUGUUGGCAGCUCAGUGCGGCUCAAAUGCACGGCCAGUGGAAAUCCUCGACCGGACAUUGUCUGGCUGAAGGACGACAGACCGCUGACGGAGCAGGAGGUCAGCGAGGGCCGUCAGAAGAAGUGGACUCUGAGUCUGAAGAACCUGACGCCAGAGCACAGCGGCAGAUACACCUGCAAGGUCUCCAAUCGUGCUGGGGAAAUCAACGCCACAUAUAAAGUUGAGGUCAUACAGAGGACAAACUCCAAGCCUAUUCUGACUGGCACUCACCCGGUCAACACGACGGUGGACUACGGAGGCACCACGUCGUUUCAGUGCAAAGUGAGGAGCGACGUGAAGCCGGUCAUUCAGUGGCUCAAACGCGUGGAGUCGAACGAGGAAAGCCGCUACAACUCCACCAUCGAGGUGGGAGACCACCGAUUCGUGGUGCUGCCCAUGGGGGAGGUGUGGUCCCGACCCGACGGCUCCUACCUCAACAAGCUGCUCAUUACCCGCGCCAAGGAGGACGACGCUGGCAUGUACAUCUGCUUAGGCGCCAACACCAUGGGCUACAGCUUCCGCAGCGCCUUCCUCACUGUGCUGCCAGACACGAAGCCUCCCAUCAUGCCCAUGUUCUCGCCAACCUCCAGCUCCCUCCCCUGGCCUGUCAUCAUUGCCAUCCCUGCUGGAAUAGUGUUCAUCUUUGGCACAGUGCUGUUGUGGUUUUGCCAGAGCAGAAAGCACUGUCCCCCUCCCACUGCUCCAGCUGCAGCUGCACAGGUGCUGCAGAGCUCCCACCGGCUGCCGUAUCGGGAGCGGGACAGGGGUUGCGUGGCUCCGUCCUCCAGCUCCUCCAGCCCAGACAAAGACUGCAUGAGCUCCAUGAACUAUGAGGAGUACCUGGCACAGCAGCAGCUCCUCCUCACCCAGGGAGGACCAACAAUCCCCCCUAAAAUAUACCCCAAAAUCUACACUGACAUUCACACACACACUCACUCCCACGUGGACGGGAAAGUACAUCAGCAUCAACACAUUCAUUUCCAGUGUUAGCCCAGUGCCAAACAUCCCCCACUAACUGCUCCAGUAUCUCAGAGGGACAAUGAGCUCUGGACUUGGGAGCAGCUCCUGAACGACAUUCACCCGGCAUUACUCUUUAUAGACUCUUCUCAUUGCCAGAGAUUAUUAGGAGAGUGUGCAUGAAGAAAAACAGCAGUGGCCAGUGACACACACCUUGGGUUUUUACAUCCAAACUUCCAUAUUUGGUGCUUGUUUUUUUUUUUACCUGUCAGAUUCUCACACCACUAAGAUCCAUUCAUCCUUGUUGUGCACUUAUUACAAAAAGGACAAGGACAUUUUUGCGUGUGAGUUUAAUCACAGCUAUUCAGGCCAGCUGAAAAGUCUUCCUCAGCAGCUGAAUUUUGCAUUUUCCUAUUUGAGGUGUAGCUGAAAAUGGAGGUGAGGUUUUACCUUUCACUUAUUCAGCUGCUGGAGCGCAGGGGCUCCGUAUGGUCUGCCUGGUAAUGAAGACAAAAAUGGUUCUCAAGAUUUACAAAAGGGCUGGUUUUGUGCCCUACUCAGGUAGUCUUUUUGUUUGUUGAAGAUGCAUAAUGUUUGGAACGCUGACCACUAUCCUUUACCUUUCUCCAUCCCUCGCUUUUGUUCUCUGGUAAAAGUGAUCGAGAGGAGACUGCUGGGUUUUUAUAGCAUGCAAACCUUGCCUGAGACUGCAAGGGAUGGGAGAAUUGCGUUUCCAUGAAUUGGUCUUCUUAAUCAUUUUUACUUUUUUGUGGUCUGUUCCCAUUAUCAGUCAGUAGCAUGUUGAGAUAAACCAACAGAGGAUGCCACCUUAUCAAACCACAAUGUAUGAAGUUGUAGUCAUUUAUAAUCAAAUCGUGUCUUGGAUAUUUAAUUUAUUUUGCUAAAUGUAUCAAAAUUGUAUUUUUCAGAUUGUGGUGUUUUACAUAUCUAUGUAAUGUUAUUAAAGUAUACUGUUGUGUAUAGUACGUUUUGAGUACUUUCUCACUCAGUUUAAUCACAUUUAGUUCAUGCCAAUAUUUAUGGUGUUUCUGUACUUAAUUGGUUGUAUUUGACAAUCUUGUAUGAUGUAUUUUGUU